AUCAUCUUUUAAAAUCCCCUCCAAUUCCAUUAAUCAUCCAUUCUGUAACAUCCCUUUUCCCUCUCUUGUUCAAGAAACUUCUUCUCAUCUCAUCCAUGGCGUCCGAUCUCGUAACUAAAGCUAACGAAGCAUUCAUCGACGACCACUUUGAGCUCGCCGUUGACCUCUACUCUCAAGCCAUUGCUAUUACUCCUAAUAAUGCCGACCUUUUUGCUGACCGUGCUCAGGCCAAUAUCAAACUCCGUAACUUCACUGAAGCUUUUUCUGAUUCAAACAAGGCGAUUGAGUUAGAUCCGUCAACGGCAAAAGCAUAUAUGCGCAAGGGUUUGGCCUGUAUGAAGCUUGAAGAGUACCAAACUGCAAAGGAAACUCUAGAAAUUGGUGCUUCUUUAGCACCAGGAGAAUCAAGAUUCACUAGGUUAAUCAACGAAUGUGAUGAACAUAUUACAAAGGAAGCUGGAGAAUUGCCUAAGUGUGCAACAGUUGAGACCACAGAAAGUAUUGUCCCUUCCUUUGGAUCAAUGUCAUUGGAUAAUGUUGCUGCUGUUCCAAAAGAGACUCAACUGGCUUUCAACUUACCGUAUGAAGGAACACCUGCUGUCCAACCAAAGCAUGAAUUCUAUCAGAAACCGGAGGAGGCGGUGGUAACUAUAUUUGCCAAGGGCAUACCUGUCGAGAAUGUUUCAGUUGACUUUGGCGAACAAAUACUUAGUGUUAGCAUUGAUAUACCAGGCGAAGCUGCGUACUCUUUCCAGCCUAGGUUGUUCGGUAAGAUAAUACCUCAAAAAUGCAAAUAUGAAGUUAUGUCUACAAAAAUAGAGAUUCGACUUGCUAAAGCUGAAUCUAUACACUGGAAAUGCCUCGAGUAUACUGGGGAAAUUGCUGUAGUACAGAGGCCAAAUGUGUCAUCAGACAGCCAUAAGCCUAGCUACCCUUCCUCUAAAAUGAAAUGCAAGGACUGGGAUAAACUAGAGGCUCAAGUGAAAAAGGAGGAAAAAGAAGAAAAAUUGGAGGGAGAUGCAGCACUGAACAAGUUUUUCCAAGAUAUUUACAAAGACGGCGAUGAUGAUGCAAGAAGAGCCAUGAUGAAAUCAUUUGUGGAAUCUAAUGGGACUGUUCUGUCCACAAACUGGAAUAAGGUUGGUACAAAGAAGGUGGAAGGAAGCCCUCCAGAUGGCAUGGAGCUGAAGCAAUGGGAACACUAGGAAAUCCAGUGACUAUUUUCUUAUUUUCCUUUUUGCUCUUCAUUCUUGGUACUUGGUUGUCGUAGAACUUGUCCAUAGUUUCUAGUGUAAGAUGGGCUAAUGGAAAUUUUGAUCUAUGGGAUAUGUCAAUUUCCUUGUGAACUUUCACAGUUCGCCACAUUAAGGCUUGGCUAUUCUGUUCUCUAGAUAUACCAUUUCUUGCGUUCUCCA